UUGGUAGCGAAAAAGUGAAGGCAUUUUUUCCCUCUCUUUUUAGGUCCCUGACGCACAUUAUGAAGAGUAGUGGUAACUGGUAGGUAAGUAAGAAUGAUGAGUCAGUUCCAUUUCGAAAUUCAUCUUCAGCUCUCACUGAUCCCAAAACCAAAACCCCUACCCUACAAUUGCAUUGGUACCUCUUCUCGACAACAAGCACAAAAUCAGCACCUUCAAUCCAUGUUGGCCGUACGAGUGUGAUUUGCAUGGAGUUGAACUUGAACCAAGCUGGCAAGAGCAAUUUUCCAACUUCUUUUGAACGGGCUCCAUUUUAUCCGGUGGUUUUUUGAUUAGGUGGUCAAGGUUUCAACAUAUCAAGCAAAAGGAAAUAUGACGGUGAAUUUACCUGGGACAGAAGAAGCUGCUGAGCCAACAGCUUUACCUCCAUCACCUCCUGAUGUGCUGCCUAAUAUAGAAACAGAACAAAUAGCUCGCUCAUCCUAUUCUAUUAUCAGUAGGCCUAGUGUUGGAACCACAGGAAAACGCAUACCUUUGCUUGUAAAUCUCUUCAAAGUUGCCGCUGAUGCUACAGAUGCAACCUUUUUCCAGUAUAGUGUUACUAUCACUUCGGAAGAUAAAAGAGCCGUAGAAAGCAAGGGCAUUGGGAGAAAACUGAUUGAUAGGCUUCACCAAACAUACUCUUCUGAACUUGGUGGCAAAAGCUUUGCAUACGAUGGAGCAAGAACUUUGUACACAGUGGGUCCUCUUCCACAUAAUAAAUUUGAGUUUAAACUAUUACUUGAGCAAUCAUUUGCAAAGUGUCUUGAAGCUUAUACUUCACAUGCUAAUUCUCAGGAUGCAUUGAGGGUGCUCGAUGUUGUGCUGAGGCAGCAGGCAGCUAACAGAGGGUGUCUCUUGGUAAGGCAAUCUUUUUUUCAUGAUGACUCAAGGAAUUUCAUCGAUGUUGGAGGUGGAGUAACAGGAGUUCGGGGUUUUCAUUCCAGUUUUCGUCUUACACAGGGAGGAUUGUCUCUUAAUAUGGAUGUAUCCACAACAAUGAUCGUAAAACCUGGACCUGUAAUUGAUUUUCUCCUAUCCAACCAGAAUGUGAAGGAACCUCGUUAUAUUGACUGGGCAAAGGCGAAAAGAAUGCUUAAAAAUUUAAGGAUACGUGCUAGUCAUCGCAAUCAAGAAUUUAAAAUUUUUGGCUUGAGUGAGAAACCCUGCAUUCAACAACUUUUUAGUAUGAAGUUAAAAAAUGGAGAAGACAAUGAUGGGGAGCAGACAGUGGAUGUUACUGUAUAUGAGUAUUUUUCUGAACACCGCGGCAUUGAGCUGAUAUCUUCUGCUUACCUUCCGUGUCUUGAUGUUGGGAAGCCAAAUCGGCCCAUCUUUUUUCCCCUGGAGCUAUGUUCACUUGUUCCCCUCCAGCGGUAUACAAAGGCAUUAUCACCUGUCCAAAGAACAUCUUUAGUAGAAAAGUCACGCCAGAAGCCUCAUGAAAGAAUCAAAAUUCUGACAAAUGCUAUAGGAAAUUCUUGCUAUGAUGAUGAUGCUGUUCUUGCGGCAUGUGGCAUUUCUGUCAACAAGCAAUUUACUCCAGUUGAAGGUCGAGUUCUUGAGACCCCAAAGUUGAAGGUAGGUAAGAAUGAGGACUGCUUCCCCAAUAAUGGAAGGUGGAACUUUAAUAAGAAGACACUUCUACGACCAUCAGAUAUUGAUUAUUGGGCUGUUGUCAACUUUUCUGCACGUUGUGAUACUAGUUACUUAACAAGAGAGCUGAUCAAAUGUGGAAUGAGCAAGGGAAUUAAUAUUGAACGGCCAUAUUCUUUAAUAGAGGAAGAAGCACUAAUGAGAAAAUCUAACCCUGUUGCAAGGGUUGAAAAGAUGUUUGACCUGCUGUCAUCAAAACUUACUAAAGAACCCGACUUGAUUCUUUGUGUCUUGCCAGAGAGGAAAAACUGUGACAUCUAUGGGCCUUGGAAAAAGAAGUGCCUGAGUGAAGUUGGUGUUGUCACACAGUGCAUUUCCCCUCUCAAGAUCACUGAUCAAUACCUUACUAAUGUACUUCUUAAAAUCAAUUCUAAGCUUGGAGGAAUAAAUUCUUUGCUGGCACUAGAGCAUUCUGGGCAUCUUCCCUUGAUUAAAGAUACCCCAACAAUGAUUUUAGGGAUGGAUGUCUCUCAUGGUUCCCCUGGCCAAUCAGAUAUUCCAUCAAUAGCAGCUGUUGUUGGAUCUCGAUGUUGGCCUCUAAUUUCAAGGUAUAGAGCAUCUGUGAGAACACAGUCACCUAAGGUAGAGAUGAUUGAUGCUCUAUUCAAACCUUUGGAUAAUGGGAAUGAUGACGGCAUUAUCAGGGAAUUGCUUCUAGAUUUCUAUAGUUCAAGUAAUGGAAGCAAACCAACUCAAAUUAUUCUCUUCAGGGAUGGAGUUGGUGAAUCACAAUUUAAUCAGGUUUUGAAUAUGGAGCUUAACCAGAUAAUAAAGGCCUAUGAACAUCUUGAGGAGGUUGAUGUUCCCAAGUUCACUGUAAUUGUGGCACAGAAGAAUCACCAUACAAAGCUGUUUCAAGCUAAUGCUCAGGAAAAUGUUCCUCCUGGGACCGUCGUCGACACAAAAAUCGUGCAUCCAAGAAAUUACGAUUUCUACAUGUGUACUCACGCUGGAAUGAUUGGAACAUCUAGGCCUGUACAUUAUCACGUGUUGCUUGACGAAAUUGGAUUCUCACCAGAUGGCUUGCAAAAUUUGAUCAAUUCGCUGUGUUACGUGAACCAAAGGAGCACAAAUGCAACCUCAAUUGUGGCACCUAUAUGCUAUGCCCACCAUGCUGCAGCUCAAAUGGGACAGUUUCUGAAUUUUGAUGAUUUAUCAGAAGCAUCUUUAACUCCUGAUUCCGAGGGAAACGUCCCCAUUCCAGAGCUUCCGAGAUUGCAUAAAAAUGUCAAGACCUCCAUGUUCUUCUGUUGAGAUUGAAAAGUAAAUACAAUUUCGAUUGACCAGUAAAAAUGAGUAAAUAUAUGUGGUAUGUACAGUUAACCUAGAUGGCACAGACGUGCCCCAAAUUUUGUUUAAGAAAUCUCAGUAAGGUUGUGGGAAGUAUUGUUAUUACCGGGACAUCAAUCAUGGUAAUAUUCUGUGUUUCACAUUAUACUUCUAGCUUUUGUGCAUACAUUACUUGUUUUGAAUCAGUUGUUUCCUCUACCCAUUUUGUACUAA